CUAACAUUUGCAAGCACCCCUCUCGGCCUCUCCUCUCCAGCACACAGAAGCAGAACGCAGAAGCAGAAGUGCACAACGCGAAGCAGCAGUGCAACAGUUGGAGCUUCUGGCGCAACUUCUGUCAGGCACCGCCGCCGCCGUGCAGUCCGUGAAGCUAACGUCAGUCACCUCUGUUGGCGGCUUCGUGCAGCCACUUUCCGUCGCGCAGUGAGCUCGAAAAUCGGAACCACCGCCAGCGCCGCUUUCCGUCGCGCAGUGUCUUCCCGCCGGCACCAGGUCUGUUUCCCCCUUCCACGCAUCAGCCACUGUCUUGCCUGUUGCCAGCCACUGUCCCCGCCAGCUCUGCAUUUUUUCAGGCUUCCAGCUUCUAACCCUAGGGAAUUGUGUUGGAUUUGUAAUUUUUGAAGAGCAACAUGUCACUUUGAACAGGCCGUGUGAUGGAAUUUGAUGCAGGAAGCUUCUUUGAUGUGUGCACUGUGCAUAACUGCAAAAAAAGAAGGGCUUUAAAAGGCUUAAUUACUCCACUGAAUGAGAGCAUGAGAGAAACGGAAGCUUCCUUGCCAAUCUUGCACUCCCCUGGAUACUAUACCAAACCAUCUCUGGAGGAGUUAGUGGCCCAGGAACUCCUUGACCCCGGUUAUUGUACCCGAGUUCCUAAUUUCACUGUUGGGAGGCUUGGUUAUGGAUCUGUCAGGUUUCUUGAGAAAACAGAUGUCAGGGGGUUGGAUCUAGAUCAAAUUGUGAAGUUUUAUAAACAUGAGAUAGUUGUAUACAGCGACGAAAAUGAUAAACCUGCAGUUGGUCAAGGCCUUAACAAGGCAGCUGAAGUAGUUUUAGUUCUAGAUACUGAACUACUGAAGUCUAAAGACAGGAAAGAUGAUUUUCUUGUGAAAAAAGUAAAACAAAGUACUGAGAGGCAAGGAGCAAGAUUUAUUUCGUUCGACCUAACAACUGGUGAAUGGAAAUUCUUGGUAGAUCACUUCAGUAGAUUUGGGUUUGGCGAAGAUGACGAGGAAGACAUUGUCAUGGAUGAUGCUGAUGGUGAGAUGUAUGAUGAUGAUAAAGAACCUUCCACAAAUAUGAACGGGAUUGAACUUUCUCACUCUCUUCCAGCUCAUCUAAGGCUUGACCCUGUUAAAAUGAGAGAAAUGAGAUUAUUGAUGUUCCCACAUGAAGAAGAGCCUGAGGAAUUGAGUCAUAAAGCAUCCAUCAGUAAGGAAUAUGCAAGGCCUUUGCAAAAUUCUGCUCAGGCAAUGCCCCAUAGAUCCACUCCACCAAUUGCAAGGAAAACUCCAUUUCCUUUACUUGAAUAUAAACAUGGGAGUUUUGAUGCAAAUUCUCCUGGGUCUAUUUUGAUGGUUCAGCAACAUAAGGGAAUGCCUCUGAAGACAAUAAAAGCGGAAGGUUUUAAGUUAGACCUCAAGCAUGAAACUCCAGUGUCAACAAACUAUGCUUGCAAUAUUGUAGAUGCAGGUCUAUUUAUGGGGAAGUCAUUCCGAGUUGGAUGGGGACCUAAUGGCAUUCUUGUACAUUCUGGUGCACCUAUAGGAAGUGGUAGUGAAUACAAGGUAUUAUCAUCUGUUGUCAGUUUGGAGAAAGUUGCUUUUGACAAUUUUGUUAGGGAUGAAAAUAACAAAGUGAGUGAGGAACUUGUUGAAUCUGCCUUGAUAUCUCCAUUAAAUUUUCACAAAGAAAUAAACCAUGUGAAGGAAGAGGUUAGAAUUGGUCCUUGCAAAUUGAAACUUCUAAAGCUUGAAGCGAAUUGUUCAAUGUUGUCAGAUAUUUCACAUGGCUACUGUGAUAUUAUUGAGAGGCAAUUGACUGUACCAGGGUUGUCUUCCACUACACGUUUGGGUUUAACACAUCAAGUAAUGACCUGGGAAUUAAUUAGAGUUCUUUUCUUCGAUAGAAAACAAAAAGGUCAAGUAGAAUCUUUGGGUGCUGACAAUGAGGAAGAUAUGAUGCAGGAUAUGAAGGAAGUUUAUCAAGAUGUUGACCAAGAAGCACUCCCACUUAUGAGGAGGGCAGAGUUCAGUUAUUGGUUGCGAGAGAGUGUUUCUUAUCAUGUUCAAAACCAAAUAAGCUCUCUAAAUGACUCUGAUUAUCUACAACAUGUUUUUGUAUUCCUCACUGGGCGGCAACUAGAUGAAGCAGUGCAACUGGCAGCUUCCAAAGGAGAUGUGAGGCUGGCUUGUUUGUUAAGUCAGGCGGGUGGUUCUACUGUGAAUCGCUCUGACAUUUCAAAGCAACUUGAUAUUUGGAGAAAGAAAGGUCUGGAUUUUAGUUUCAUUGAAAACGACAGAGUGAGGCUAUAUGAAUUGCUUGCAGGAAAUAUUCAUGAUGCAUUGCACGAGGUCGAUAUUGAUUGGAGGAGGUUCUUAGGUUUAUUGAUGUGGUACAAACUGCCGCCUGACACAUCAUUGCCCAUUGCUUUUCAGACAUAUAAGCAUUUUCUUGAUGAGGGAAGGGCUCCAUAUCCUGUUCCACUUUUUAUUGAUGAAGGACCAUCAGAAGAGGCUAUCAGCUGGAAUGCAGAUAAACACUUUGACAUUUCAUUCUAUCUUAUGCUUCUUCAUUCUAGUGAAGAGAGAGAAUUUAGCUUUUUGAAGGCUAUGUUUAGUGCAUUCUCUUCAACCCCUGAUCCACUUGAUUAUCACAUGAUAUGGCAUCAACGAGCAGUCUUGGAAGCAGUGGGUGUUAUCAAAUCUAAUGAUCUUCAUGUUCUAGACAUGGGGUUCGUGUCUCAGCUUUUGAGCCUAGGGAAAUGCCAUUGGGCCAUAUAUGUGGUCCUUCAUUUACCCUUUCGAGAAGACUGUCAAUUUCUUCAUGUGAAUUUGAUUCGGGAGAUAUUGUUCCAGUACUGCGAAAUUUGGAGUUCAGAUGAAUCUCAGCAACAGUUCAUUGAGGAUUUAGGCAUUCCUUCAGAAUGGAUUCAUGAGGCUCUGGCAAUUUACUAUAAUUAUAAUGGUGAUCUGCCAAAAGCUCUUGAGCACUUUCUUCAGUGUGCAAAUUGGCAGAAAGCUCAUACCAUUUUCGUAACAUCAGUUGCUCAUAGUUUAUUCUUGCAAGGUAAUUCUUGUAUACGCCUGUUACUUGAAAAAAAUACUUUUCAGGAUUCUCUUCAAAGUAAAAAUGCUGCCUGUCAGGAAUUUGUCAGUCAGCUUAAUGCAUCAUUGGCUGUUUGGGACCGCAAAUUACCUGUUGAUGCAAGAUUGGUGUAUUCAAAAAUGGGGGGUGAGAUAUGUGAUUUGCUGCUAUCUGCUGUGGGCGAGGGUGCUAGCCGAGAUGAACAGUUUAGCUGCUUUGACACUGCUUUCAGUGCACCGGUUCCAGAAGAUGUUCGCUCUGGUCACUUGCAGGACGCAGUGUAUCUGUUUACCAGCUUUCUCUCUGAGAUUGCUACUUAAUUCCAGAAGAUAUGUGAUUUGCCUAUUGCUUGUGAUUUUUGAAAUCAGAAAAGAAAUGCGUGUUACAGGGGAGGGAUUUUGAUCUGCAAUUGAGCCAUGACCAUGAAUUUUGUGCCUUUUUGUGUUAAUUGGUCUUGCAGGAUUAUGAAAUGAUGCUAAAUGUGAUUAUAAUAUCAUAUUCAUCCAUUUUUUUUGGGAGCC